UCAAUGGGCCGGUAGUUAUGCAUUCAAAGCCUAUUGAGAAUGAAUGAAAGAUUAUCCUAAAUAUGGAAAUUUGAAAAAGAUUGUCAUAUGACCUUAGCGUGACCAAAUCAAUAUCUUGAUUUCGACUGCUCUAUCUCCUUUAUUGAAAAAGAGAGAUUCUAUAAUCAAAACCCUAACCCUAAUUCCUCUUUCACCCCUUUUACACUCUCUAUUCCCACCACCAGUGAAGCAGCCAUGGCUGAUUGGUCUGAGCUUCCAAAAGAUCUUCUGCAAUUAAUAUCCGAAAAACUGAACAAUCAUUUCUACAUUCUUCGUUUUCGUUCUGUCUGUUCCUCCUGGCGACUUUCCACACCAAAACCUCGUAACUAUUUCCCCUUGAAGCUCCCGCACUUUUCCCGUCGCAACAAACUAUACAAUCACACCAUCUUUCUCAUCAAACCACCCGCAACACCCAACCAACAAACUCUCUACCGCCCUUGGUUGGUCAGAAUUUGUCGAACUUCAACCGGAAAGUUUAACCUAUUUCACCCCCUUUCACGUCACAGACUUAAUAUACCUUCUGAUUCGAGGGUGCUGGACUUCAGCCAACUCUCUGUCUUUAAUAUCGAACAGAUUUAUAUUUGCGGAGAGUCAUAUCAAAAUUCAUCUACCAUUGAAUUUUGUCAUUAUGAUCGCUCUGUUGCAACGUUUCACAGGGAACCAAUUCUGGAGAUUGUCACAAGCAAUAGAAACUCCGAGGAGAUGUUGAUGUUCCGUCGCAAAGGCAAUGGUUUGACUAAGAUCCCCAAUGUCUCAAGCUUUUACCGAGGCAUGUGCAUUUUUAAAGGCCGGCCCUGUCUAACCGACUAUACUGGUCGGACUGUGAUGAUCGGAUCAAAUUUGAGCGUUCACUUGGUGGCUGAGCCUGUGUUGGGUUUCGAUUUCCAUGGCGACAUUUACAUUAUGGUGGAAAAUGAGUCUGAGUUGUUGCUUGUUCAGAAAUAUGAUAAAUAUGAGCCUAUUGAUGUGUUUAGGCUUGACCAGAAAGAGAAAAGGUGGCUGAAGUUGGAAAAUUUAGGGGAUAUGAUUUUGUUUUUGGGACGAGGCUAUUCGUUUGCUAUAUCGGCGUCGGAUUUGGAUUUGGACAAUAGGAAUUCUGUGAUUUAUUGUAGUAACUAUAUUCGUAACGAAAUCAGGGUUUUUCCCUUGGAUCAACACCGGACUUUUCUUUUGUCUGAUUAUCCAGAUUAUUUCAAGUUGUUCUGGCCACCUCCGGAGUGGAUCACCAGUAGGUGUUUGUAACAGAGUACGUUAUUUGCAUCAAAAUAUCCUAAUGUAAUAGUGAUUGAUAUUGUAUUAUCGUGCCUAGUUUUCUUUGUUAUAUUGGAUCAAAUUUGCAACUAGUACGUUUGGAAAUAGGAUUAUUGAAAUGAUCUUCAUCUUACAUUUUGGGUCAUGAGUUUUUCCAACUAGUACCUUCUGUUAUGUGGAAAUUGGUAUUUGGGCCUAUAUUUUUUUCAUAAGUUCCUUUGUUUAACUUCUAAAAGUUAAACUCAAUUUAGGGUCUACUACUUAUGAAUAAAAGGGAUUAACAAGUGCAACAUGAGAUUUACUAGCUAAUAUUUUAUGAAGUGUGGAAGAUUCUGCUAUCUGCUUUUUGACAUAAAGCUCAAGAUAAAACUAGUAGUGCAUUUUUUCACCAAGGCAACAAUGUCUAUACUUGUUAUAAGAAAGAGGGAUAACUAUUGAGUUUGUAUGGAGGUUUCUGUAAAUUGGUUUUUGAUUUUAUGCUCUAACUUUGCGGGAAGGGUGGAGUUAGAAGUAGUCGUUGCAAAGUUAUUAAGAGAAAGUAGUAGUUGAUGCUUAAUUGGCCAAAAAGGAAAACAUUGAACGAAAUAUUAUGCAUUUUGUCAACAUAUUUUCCAUAUAUGCCAGUAAAUUUCUAAACAAAUCUAGUUAGGGAUGAAAGCUAUUUAUAUCUUUUAAUAACUUGCUACAGGAAAAAAUCAGCACACAAAAAAUGGCUGAUGGUUUGCUUCAUAAUUCUUGAAAGAUAACUUAAUUGUGCUUGCAGACCCGG